AUGAUGCCCAGCAAGUUCUCCGUGGAGUGGCUCUCUCAGAGUUUCCAUGAUCAGGAGAAAAGCAGAACAAAAGCUCCUGGAGCUCCUCAAACAGCGGCUGCAGGAGCAGAGAAGGCCCCGGCUUCACCUACUAACAGCUGUGGAUAUACAGAUGUGGAGAGUGAUGACAGUGAAGCAGAAGCGGGACAGAAUCGACGCGUCAGGACCAAAUUCACCAGCGAUCAGAUCUCUGGUCUGGAGAAGAGCUUCAGCAAACACCGCUACCUCGGAGCCUCUCAGAGGAGGAAGAUAGCAGAGAAACUGCACCUGUCUGAAACUCAGGUGAAGACGUGGUUUCAGAACCGGCGGAUGAAGCUGAAGCGUGAGGUGCAGGACAUGCGUGCCGCAGACUUUCUCCUUCCCUCUGUUUUUCCACCGAUGACGUCACUUCAGCACCACAGCGUGGGAUACUACCACCAGCAGCAGCAGCCGCAGCACAUCACACACCCGAUGCUGUUCACAUGCUGCUACUUCUAA